CACCCCUCCAUAUCGCCUCAAAUCGCGCUCGAGCUCGGCACGUCCAGCUCACGAAUACAUGCGCUAUUUCUGCCAGAUAGCUGCGCAGACAUUCGACAUGUCACGCCUGAAUGACCAAUCGUCCUUUCGGCCACACACGACGAGACGAAUCGACACACGGUCGCCAUCGAGCUCACGCCACCUUCAUGCGCCACAAUACCGAUUAUUGCUUUCCCUUGCACGUAUCGAUAGCACCAGCAGCACGUAUCAACAUGCCCGUGUCCAUUCCAGUUCGUAACGGGGAAGAUGUCCGACGUGGUGUAUGUCCGACGUACGUGUUGUAUGUACGGCUCAGCACCUGCGCCGAGCCUUCAGUCGCGUGCUACUGGCUACAGCGCGCCCACGGGACGACUAGGGGAUGCGUGAUACAGAGGCGGUCUAGGAUUGUGCAAACGAAGGACGGUCAGUUGGCGAGCCGGCGGGCGGCCAGAGGGCGCGAGGAUCAGAGGGUCAGCCACGCCGGGCGAGCAAACGCCAAUCGACGCGCGCGGUAUAAGUGGAGAGGGUAUAUGGCUGGAGGGAGCGCCGAUGAGCUUCUCUGAACAGAUUUAGGUCGAGCAGUAUACACACCAGGAGGGAGCGAGGAAG